UGGGCAUUCUUUUGCGGCCAUUGAGGCAAUUAUGGAGGGUGCAAUUUUUCUUGCGUUUGUGCGUGUUGCAGCAGUCCGACAACAAGCCAAAGCGCGGAGAUAGUGUGUCGAAUUAUUGAAUUAGUGUAAUAAUCAAUUCAAAACAUCGAUUAGAAACGUUAAAGCUACGUACUGAAAGCAGGCAGUAUGUCACUGUUCAAGAAACCUAAGAAGAACAUCAGACAAAGGGUUGCUGUCCAUGACAGUGAUGAAGAAAAUGAAGCAAGCAAUGACGCAACAGAGAAGGAUACACCAAAGACUGAGAAUGAUGACAGCAUGGAUGCUAUGGGACUGGGAGAUUCAAAAGAAAACAGCAUGGAUAUUGAUAUGAGGAAAGAAAAGAAGAAAAAGAAGAAGCAUGAGGAAAAGGCAGUUAUCAGUUUUAUUGAUGAAGAGGAGGAAGGGGAAGUUUUUCAAGUAAAAAAAUCAAGUCAGAGCAGGAGACUAAUGAAGCAAAUGGAGAAAGAGAAGAGGAUGAGAGAAAUGCAGAAGAAAGAAGUCAGUAAUGGUGAUACCACUGAAGUGAAGAGCGAGCCCAUGUCUCCCCGCGCCAGUCCGGCGCCCGACAGCGCGGCGGUGCGCCGGCCUCCGCCGCAGCCGCCCAUCCUCAGUGGCAGAGAUGCUGAGAUGGCCGGCUAUCACAGCUCAGACGAUGAGAAACCGAGCAAGACGGCCGGCCGCGGACCGCCCGGACAGCACGCCUUCACCCCGCGCGACUCGUUUGACAGAGUGCUCAAAGGCGGUGCCAUCCCAGACGCUGCUAUGAUCCACGCGGCCCGUAAACGAAGGGAGCAGGCGCGGCGACAACACGAGGCGGCGCCCGAGUUCAUCCCCAUCAACUCUGAGGGAAACAGCUCGGCGGCCGGCCAUUCUGCACAACGAGAGGAUGAUGACAGUGGCCCAGAGGACGACCGCGUGAACUUUACUGUCAGCACCGUGGCACGGGACCGGGAGGCAAGGCGGGACCAGUUCAACGCAGCGCGCGAUCAGGAGGGUGGACGAGCAUCAGAUGAAGAUGACAGGGAGCUGGCGCAAUGGGAGAACCAGCAGAUCAAAAAGGCCUUCUCGGGCGCUCAGAUGGCGUCGGUGACGGCCGAACACUACCUGCUGCCGACCGGCGAGGACGAGGUUGGCGCGGCGGCGGCGGCCGCGGCGCGGCUCUCCGACCCGCUGGGCCGCCGCCAGCGCCGUCCGCUGGCCGAGCUCACGCCGGACGCUGUGCGACAGAGGCUCCAGCAAAAGCUGUCGGAGCUGCGGCUCGCCCAGGACGGUCACGUGACCGGCCGGGACCGCACGCUGGAUGACCUCGUGUCGGGUCAAUCGGAGAUUGACCGGCUCGAGCGGGCCGCCCCGCGCGCAGCCAGAAGAUACCAGUACUACCAAGAUAUCCGUGGGUAUGUCACAGAUCUGAUAGAGUGCUUUAACGAAAAGAUGGCGCUGAUUGAGGAGCUCGAGAACCGUAUGUUGGAGGUACAGCGGGCGCGCGCGCAGAAACUGAUCGUGCGCCGGCGGACGGAUGUGCGCGACCAGCGUAUGGAACUGGACGCCAGCACACAGCGGUCCGGUAUCCAUUUCUCGGAGCAGUCAGCUGAGGAGGUGGCCUCUCGGCGAAGACGGGCCGCCGAGCGCGAGGGUCGCCGCACCCGCCGGCGCCGCGCGCGCGAACUGUCGGCGGCCGGCGGCGCAGACCACCAGGACGGUCUCAGCUCGGAUGACGAGACCGCGCCGGCAGACGGCGAGAAGUUCACCAAGGAUGGAGAGGCCAUCAUGGAGGCGGCUGAGGCUGUGAUGGAGGACGUGGAGGAUGACUUCAGCACGCUGGCCGGCGUCUGUCGCCACUUCCUCGAGUGGCGGCGCAUCGACCCGCAGGCGUACCGCGACGCGUUCGUCAACCUCAGCCUGCCCAAGGCGCUGGCGCCGCUGGUGCGGCUGCAGAUGAUCGGAUGGAACCCGCUGACCGAAGGCGAGUGUCCGGAGCUGGAGAGCCGGCCGUGGUUCGCCGAGCUGGUGAUGUUCGGAGUCGGCUCGGACCCGACCGCCGAGACGGAGGACUCUAUCCGCGACGACCCCGACUGUCUGCUGGUGUCGCGCGUCGUCGAGAGGGUGGUGCUGACCAAAAUCACCGCGCUGGUGGAGCGCGUCUGGGACCCGCUGUCCAGUUCCCAAACACUCCGGCUGGUGCACCUGGUGCGUCAGUUGGCGCGCGACUACCCUACCGUCACCGGCGGCAGCGGUCCUCUGCGCCGCCUCCUCGAGGCAGUCGUCACCGCGUUCACCGAGACAGUGCGCCAGGACGCGUCCGUUCCGCGCUUCACCAAACAGCAGCUGGAGAGCCGCUCCACGCCGGCCGCCGCCUUCUUCUACAGACAAUUCACCACCUGCGUGAAACUGCUGGGCAACAUGAUGAGCUGGACGGAGCUGCUGUCGGACGGAGCGCUGCAGAAACUGGCGCUGGGGACGCUCCUCAAUGAGCAGAUGCUGCUGCCGCUGACUCAGGUGCCGGACCCCGUGGAGGCGGCCAACCGGUGCCGGCUGGUGGCCAACACGCUGCCGCGCAGCUGGUUCCAGGGUGACACCACAGUGCCCCAGCUGGCCAUGUUCGUCAGCUACCUCUCCAUGCUCGCCGUGCAGCUCGGCAAGGCCGCCAACAAAGCCGAAUCGCUGAAGAGUAUCGCUGCUGUCCUGAAGAAGGUCGGAGCUACAGAGGCAUACCAGAAGAUAUCCGCCCUGGUGGAAUAAUGGUGCUCGGUUAUGGUGGCAGUGAGCCGCCCGAGAGAGCUAUUAGCUCCCUGUGAAUACGAACCAAUGUGAAAUGUGUGUCUCGUUUUAGUCUGUAUGUAUCAGAUGUGUUCGACGUGGUUUUCACAGUAUACAUGUGACUGGGAGUCUGAAUGCGAGUGAGAAUAUGCUGGGGUAUCUGAUGUCCUUGAGCAUGCCAUGUGUCCAUUUUAAAGCCGAUAGUGCUUAGAAAGUUCAUUCGGUAUUGAGUGCGGUGCGACGUCCGGCGAGUGUAUGCUUAGUAUGGUAGGAUGGCUCACGGGAUAAAUACAUGACCAAUCGACCCAGCUA